AUGGCCCCGAAGCUGCUGCUGCUCCUCUGCCUGCUCUCCGGCUUGCACGCGCGGACCAGGAAGGUGGAAGAAGAUGAAUAUGAAGAUUCAUCAUCAAACCAAAAGUGGGUGUUGGCUCCGAAAUCUCAAGACACAGAUGUGACUCUUAUUCUCAACAAGUUGCUAAGAGAAUAUGAUAAGAAGCUGAGGCCAGAUAUUGGAAUAAAACCCACUGUCAUUGAUGUUGACAUCUAUGUUAACAGCAUUGGUCCUGUGUCGUCAAUAAACAUGGAAUAUCAAAUUGACAUAUUUUUUGCUCAGACCUGGACUGACAGUCGCCUUAGGUUCAACAGCACAAUGAAAAUACUUACUCUGAACAGCAACAUGGUGGGGUUAAUAUGGAUUCCAGAUACGAUCUUCCGAAACUCCAAAACCGCAGAGGCUCACUGGAUCACCACCCCCAAUCAACUCCUCAGAAUUUGGAAUGAUGGGAAAAUCCUUUAUACUUUAAGGCUCACCAUAAAUGCAGAAUGCCAGCUGCAGCUGCACAACUUCCCCAUGGACGAGCACUCCUGCCCGCUGAUCUUCUCCAGCUAUGGCUACCCCAAAGAAGAAAUGAUUUAUAGAUGGAGAAAAAAUUCAGUUGAGGCAGCAGAUCAGAAAUCCUGGCGGCUUUAUCAGUUUGACUUCAUGGGCCUCAGAAACACCACAGAAAUUGUGCAAACAUCAGCAGGUGAUUAUGUUGUCAUGACUAUAUAUUUUGAAUUGAGUAGAAGAAUGGGAUACUUCACUAUUCAAACAUAUAUUCCUUGUAUACUGACUGUGGUUUUAUCCUGGGUAUCAUUCUGGAUCAAAAAAGAUGCUACACCAGCAAGAACAGCAUUAGGCAUCACCACAGUACUGACCAUGACCACACUCAGCACCAUAGCCAGGAAGUCCUUGCCCCGUGUUUCCUAUGUGACUGCCAUGGACCUUUUCGUGACUGUGUGCUUCUUAUUUGUCUUUGCUGCUCUGAUGGAGUAUGCUACCCUCAACUACUAUUCAAGUUGUAGAAAACCAACUACCACUAAGAAAAAAACAUCGAACUAUUCUCUCCUUGACAUGAGGCCACCACCACCUGUAACAGUUACUCUAAACAAUUCCAUGUACUGGCAGGAAUUAGAAGAUACCUGUGUCUACGAGUGUUUGGAUGGCAAAGACUGUCAGAGUUUCUUCUGCUGCUAUGAAGAAUGCAAAUCAGGAUCUUGGAGAAAAGGACAUAUUCACAUAGACAUCUUGGAACUGGACUCAUAUUCACGAGUCUUUUUCCCUACAUCAUUCCUGCUCUUCAACUUGGUUUAUUGGGUGGGAUACCUCUAUCUCUAA